AUGGCCGACAGCGGAGCCCUUGGUGAUGUGUCGCUUGAGUCUCCGAGUUUGAGUUCUCUUCUUCACGCAUCUUCCUCAGCGCCUUCGUCGACCAACUCUCUUUCUGUCGCGACACCGUUCUCGCCCGCUCUAACCGCCACUCUUUCCUUGGGCCCAGGCAUCGCUGAUUCCUAUCUUCCUCCCCCGCCUUUCUCUCCCCCAAUACCUUCAACCAUGGCGGGGUGGAUUGGAUGGGUGUUUUCCUUCAUUUUCCAGGUCAUCCCCAGUGUGCUAUACUGGGUGAUCACUUUCUCUACCAUAACGCUGCCAACAUGGCUCUUCACACUCUUCUCCAUGAGCCUGACCUUCACCAUGAAUUUUACGACCCUGCUACUGAUCGGAUUGGCCCUUUUUUCGACCAUUAGCUGGUUCAUCCGGUACCGUUUCCUAAACAUGUACAGUCGCUUGCCCCCCGAGCCUCAGCGCAAGGAACCGCAGGUCGACCUCUUCCCCGAUGUUCAGGAGGGCGAUUCGAAGCCAGGACUGGCCAAUUACCUCGAUGAAUUUCUCAGUGCCAUCAAGGUCUUCGGUUAUCUGGAACGGCCAGUGUUCCACGAAUUGACCCGGACAAUGCAGACCAGAAAGUUGAUUGCCGGUGAAACACUAUUGCUAGAGGAAGAGAAAGGAUUUUGCUUGGUUGUGGAUGGGUUGGUUCAGAUAUUUGUCAAGUCCAUGCGAGAGGGGAAACAUGGCCCAAAUGAGGAAUCGAAUGACAUGGGAGGCGAGUCUUCCGACGAUGAAUACCAUAGCAUCCAUGGCAAGCAGGGGUACCAAUUGCUCACAGAGGUCAAAAAUGGAGCAUCAAUGUCGUCCCUAUUCUCCAUUCUGUCGCUGUUCACUGAGGACAUUGAACUACGGUAUUCCGAGGGCUCUAGUUCCAACGAAACUGGUGCAGAUCUUGGUGCAGGCCGGGGUGCCGAUUCUUUUCCAGCAAGUCCCGGUGCACCCAGUCCGCAGUCCACUUUCAGGUAUCGCAGUGGCUCUGCUCAAUUCAAUAACAGCAGUGAUUUUUUGCCUUCAGUCCCUCCAUUGAACCUGGAGGAAAACCACGCCCCGCCAGGACAGGGCCAUAAUUUUGAGAAAAAGCGACCAGAGAAAGGACAACGAAAGUCCGUUCAUCCCGAUAUUGUGGCACGAGCUAUGGUGGACACGACAAUUGCAAUUAUUCCAGCCAGUGCUUUUCGCCGCCUGACAAGGGUAUACCCAAGGGCGACUGCGCAUAUUGUCCAGGUCAUUCUUACACGACUACAGAGGGUCACUUUUGCAACGGCACAUUCAUACCUAGGUCUUACCAGCGAUGUCUUGGGAAUUGAAAAACAGAUGACGAAGUUUACCACGUAUGACCUGCCAAACGACAUGCGAGGUGCAGCUUUGGAUCGUCUAAAAGACAAAUUUAUCAAAGAACGUGACCGCUUGGGCACCGAGGAAAUUAGCAAAGGAAUCGCGUUGCACAAUCCUUUUGCGGGUAGGAGGCCCCAUUCGAGCAGUUUCUUGCGAAAGGAAGCUGCCAUUCAUGCGAAGAUGGCCCCAAGACGCCCUUCUUCUGCUGCAGGUCCGGACCAUAUGAUCAAUGAGCGUGAAGCCGCAGGAGUUAGUCCAGGGGAUCUUUUGUCUACUAUCCAACUCUCCCGGUUCGGGCCUAGGCACGACAGCUUUGCCCCCAAAUUGCUUAGCCCUCUUACUGAAACCGAGCAUGCCCCUUUUAGUCCACCUGCCAUGCCUUCUCAUGCCUCUCCUUUUCGCCAUCGCAAAGAGUCCGUUGAUGAAGACGCCCUAUUCCGGGAUUCUAUCCUAGAAUGCAUCAUGAAGGGAAUCGGGCUCGCUGGAAGCACUCGUGAUGCGUUGAGAAAGAACAGCUAUUCGGGCGAUGCAUCUCCAAAACUCCUCUCAUACGACUCGAGACGCCAAAAAGCGGUGUUCAGUAACAAUGCAUUUGGAUUCAUUGACCCAUACGAUGUAUCUGGAGAUGGCGAGACGGAGUCGAUGAUGUCAAUGUCUGUUACCAGUGCUGGUGGCACAUCGCCUAUCAUAAAUCUGAAGGAUGAGCUCCGAAACGAUAUCGAGAUUGUUUACUUUCCGCAAGGAUCGGUCCUUGUUGAACAAGGAGAACGCCAUCCGGGUCUCUACUAUGUUAUUGACGGUUUCUUGGACGUGGGUAUGCCCGAGAAAGAUCGAGGUGAAGAUCUUGUAGGGUCAUCCAAGUCCGUGUUGGGACAGCCACACGAGGAGCUUUUCCCAUCUCUGGGGCGUACAACGACCGGAUCGUCCCGCGCAUCGGCCACCACAGCUACGAAUGACCCUAGAAAGAAGAAGCAGUCGCGCAAAUCACUUUACAUGAUCAAGCCUGGUGGAAUUCAAGGCUAUGUGGGAUCUGUCGCAUCGUACCGAUCACACACUGACGUUGUCGCUAAAACGGAUGUGUACGUGGGAUUCCUUCCUAGAGCAUCUCUGGAGAGGAUAGCAGAACGGUACCCGAUUGCUCUGUUGACGCUGGCCAAAAGAAUAACAAGCCUCCUGCCUCGCUUGCUCCUUCACAUAGAUUUCGCCCUCGAAUGGGUACAGGUGCAUGCUGGCCAAGUUAUAUUCCACCAAGGCGAUGAAAGCGAUGCUAUUUACCUUGUCUUGAAUGGGCGCUUGCGUUCAGUUCUCGAGGGUCCCAAUGGGAAAAUGACUGUCAUUGGCGAAUAUGGUCAAGGAGAGAGCGUUGGUGAGCUGGAAGUUAUGACAGAAUCGACGCGACCAGCAACUCUGCACGCAAUUCGGGAUACAGAAUUGGCCAAAUUCCCUAGGUCUCUCUUUAACAGCCUUGCCCAGGAACAUCCCGGAAUCACAAUCCAGGUUUCUAAGCUCAUCGCGCAGCGGAUGCGAGAUUUGGUAGAACAUCCGGUGUCCGAAAAGGGUAUCGAAUAUGCCAAUGCUGGUGGGGUCAAGACAGCGACAUCUACCGUCAAUCUUCGCACGGUUUGUAUCUUGCCAGUAACGGCUGGUGUUCCUGUGGUCGAGUUCGGCCAUCGAUUGCUGAAUGCCUUCCAUCAGGUUGGGGUAACAAAUGGGGUGACAUCCCUGAACCAAGCGGCUAUUCUUAACCAUUUAGGCCGCCAUGCCUUUAGCAAGAUGGGAAAGCUGAAGUUGUCGCAGUAUUUGGCUGACCUGGAGGAGAAAUACGGAAUGGUUUUGUACAUUGCAGACACCAACGUGAAUUCACCAUGGACCCAAACAUGCAUAACGCAGGCCGAUUGUAUUUUGCUCGUUGGGCUUGCCGAAUCAUCGCCCGUUAUUGGAGAAUAUGAGAGGUUCUUGCUUGGAAUGAAGACAACGGCUAGGAAGGAGCUUGUGCUGUUACAUUCAGAGCGGUACUGCGCCGCUGGGUUGACACGCCGAUGGUUAAAGAACCGAGUCUGGAUCAAUGGAGGGCACCAUCACAUCCAAAUGUCCUUCCGACUGACGACUGAGCCAUCACACCCGCAGACUAAACGCUUUGGAACAGUUCUCAAGCAAAGAGUGCAAGUCCUCCAGGCUGAAAUUCAAAAGUACACUUCGCGGCGGAUCCAUCAAUCACCUCUAUACUCCUCGCAAACCCCGUUCAAAGGAGACUUCCAUCGUCUCGCGCGUCGACUUUGCGGUAGAUCUGUUGGACUCGUGCUUGGAGGCGGAGGUGCUCGUGGUAUCGCCCAAGUGGGUGUGAUCAAAGCCCUUGAAGAAGCAGGAAUUCCUAUCGAUAUCAUUGGGGGAACCUCAAUUGGAUCAUUUAUUGGCGCCCUCUAUGCGCGGGAUGCUGAUAUCGUACCAAUGUAUGGUCGUGCGAAGAAGUUUGCUGGCCGCAUGGGUAGCAUGUGGCGUUUUGCUCUGGAUCUGACUUACCCAACUGCCUCAUAUACGACAGGCCAUGAAUUCAACCGGGGUAUUUUCAAGACAUUCGGAGACAGCCAAAUUGAGGACUUCUGGCUGGAAUUCUACUGCAAUACUACCAAUAUCAGCCGAUCGCGCCCGGAAUACCAUUCAUCUGGCUACAUCUGGCGCUACGUCCGUGCUUCAAUGUCACUGGCGGGCCUUAUACCCCCAAUGUGUGACGAAGGAAGCAUGCUCCUCGAUGGUGGCUACAUUGACAAUCUGACUGUGGCCCACAUGAAAGGUCUAGGCGCAGAUGUUAUAUUUGCUGUCGAUGUCGGCUCCAUAGACGACAACACCCCUCAAGCUUAUGGGGACUCGCUUUCUGGAUUCUGGGCCACGGUCAACCGCUGGAACCCCUUUUCCUCGUGCCCCAAUCCACCAACUUUGUCUGAAAUCCAGGCGCGAUUGGCAUAUGUGUCUUCUAUCGAUAACCUCGAGCGGGCCAAGAACACGCCUGGCUGUCUGUACAUGCGCCCACCGAUCGAUCCGUAUGGAACCUUGGAGUUUGGCAAAUUUGACGAGAUCUAUAAGGUUGGUUACGACUUUGGGAAGCAGUAUUUGGAUAAACUCAAGAACGAGGGCUCGCUACCAAUACCAGAGGAGACAGAAGAGAAAAAGAAGCUACAACGAACCAUGGCUCCACGAAGGGCAAGUAUAUAA